GAUGGAUGGAUGGUUGGUUGGUUGGUUGACUGAUUUCAAUGAUUGAAUAAUGAUGAAUAAAUCAUACAUCAUUAUACAAUCAUUAUCCAUUUCGACAGGUAUCAUCAUCAUAAGAAAUAUAUUCCAUAAUCACCAUCAUCAUCAUCAUGAUCGUAUUAAUUAUACUUCUGAUUAAAUCAAUGUUAUUUAUCAUUACAUCAUUGGAACCAAUAGAUUUAGUACCAAAAUUAAUACGUCGUCAUACACAUCUAGAUCAUUAUCUUUGUCGUCAAUUACAUAAUGGUGUCGGUAUACGAGCCAUAGCAGUGACGAAUCUAAGCGGUAAUGUUUGUCGUACUUAUUGUCGUGUAAUGGAUCGUAUGGGUGGAAAAAUUUUCUAUACUGAAAAUAUUAGUCCAAAUUUUGUUCGAUGUGGACCAUAUCAAUCAAGGUGUGUUGAUGGACAAUGUGUUGGUUUAAAUUUUCCAUAUGGUGGUAAUAAUAAUCAUCCUAUGAUGAUUACAUCACCAAUAUCGAUCAUGUCCAAUAAUGAUAAUGAUGAUAAUGAUAAUAUCAACAACAAUAAUAAUGACCCAAAUAUCAAUAAUAAUUAA